AUGUCGAAAUUCAGGCUGAUCUUCGACCAAGGCCAUGUGGCCGAGGCGAUCGUCCACCACGACCAUCCCGGCGCCGGCACGGACGAGGAUCCGUACCAGGUGAUGUGGCUGGAGCAUGACGACCCGCGCAACCCGUUGACGUUUUCGCCCGUGGCCAAAUGGGCCAUCACCUUCCUGGUCGGCAUGGCCACGCUGGCGGUCGCCCUGGUCUCGUCGGCCUACUCGGGCAGUCUGGAGCAGGUCAUCGAGGAGUUCGGCGUCAGCGAGGAGCUCUCGCUGCUGGGCAUCUCGCUGUUUGUCAUCGGCUUCGCCGUCGGCCCCCUGUUCUGGGCGCCGCUGAGCGAGAUCUACGGCCGCCGCUCCGUGAUGGUCGCCAGCGCCACAGGGCUCACCGUCUUCACUGCGGGCGCCGCGGGCGCCCCCAACAUCCAGACCCUGAUCAUCCUGCGCUUCUUCGCCGGCAGCCUGGGCUCGGCGCCCUUUGCCGUCGCCGGGGGGGUCAUCGCCGACUGCUUCCCGGCCAUCAGCCGCGGCCUGGCCAGCGGCCUGUACUGCGCGGCGCCCUUCCUGGGGCCGACCCUGGGGCCCAUUGUGGGCGGCUUCCUGGCCCAGUCGGCGGGCUGGCGAUGGGUCGAGGGCCUGGUCGCGACGUUUGCCGGCCUCAUCGGCCUCAUCACCUUCUGCGCCCUGCCGGAGACGUAUGCGCCGGUGCUGUUGAGCAAACGCGCCGCCCGGCUGUCGGCCCUCACCGGCAAGGUCUAUCGCAGCAAAGUCGAGGUCGAACAGGGGCCGAUCAAGCCGUCGGUCGUGUUGACAACCGCUCUCUGCCGGCCCUGGCUGUUGCUCUUCCGCGAGCCGAUUGUGCUCCUCCUCUCCAUCUAUCUGUCCAUCAUCUACGGAAUUCUCUACCUCCUCUUCGCCGCCCUCCCCAUCGUGUACGAGGAGAAACGCGGCUGGAGCGAAGGCAUGUCCGGCCUCGCCUUCCUCGGCAUCCUCGUCGGCAUCUUCAUCUCCGUCCUGGCCACCUUCCCCAUGUACUUCCGCUACAAGAAGAAGGUCGUCGCCGCCCACGGCCGCAUCGUGCCCGAAGCCCGCCUGCCCGACGCCUUCAUCGGCGCCAUCGCCCUGCCCGCCGGCCUCUUCUGGUUCGCCUGGACCAACUCGCCCGACAUCCACUGGCUGGCCUCGGUGGCCGCCGGCGUCCCCUUUGGCUUCGGCAUGGUCAUGGUCUUCCUCCCCGUGCUCAACUACCUCAUCGACGCCUAUACCAUCUACGCCGCCUCGGUGCUGGCCGCCAACGCCGCCAUGCGCUCCGUGUUUGGCGCCGCCUUCCCCCUCUUCACCACGUACAUGUACCAGAAUCUCGGCAUCCACUGGGCCUCCUCCAUCCCGGCCUUUCUCUCGCUCGCCUGUGUGCCCAUGCCGUUUCUCUUCUAUCGCUAUGGCGCCCGCAUCCGCAGCAACUGCCAUUUCGCCGCUCAGUCCGAGGCGUUUAUGGAGAAGAUCCUCGGCCGUGUUGCCUCCAAGGAGGAGGCGUAACUUGACCAUGACUGCGACGAGAAUGGAAUUUAAUAUUUAAUAUUUAGACUGG